UGCGCAGUGUCAGAGGCUGCGGAAAAUGCUAACAGAUCCUCAACGUCAACGGCAAGCAUAGAAGACCAAGUGGAAGAAGUUCGUGUAGUAUUAUUGUGCGGUUCACUCGACAUUUCGCGUUUCGCGACCAGUGCCACAGGCAGGGAGCUGUUAACUGGAUUAGCACAUCUGAAAAAUCGAACACUGCUUACGCUUGUGUCUUCAAGGAGGCUCGAUACUUCAUCUUCUGCUGGUUCUGCUGAUUCACUUAGCAGUUCCUCUUCCGUGUUGGCUGAAAGGGGAGAAGUCGCGGCAAUACAUUUCUUAGAGCCGAGCCUUGCGGUUGCACCGGACAGUCCAUGCGGGAAACUACUGUUCGCGGAAGCAGCAGCGCAAGCCAUUACUUCUAGUGUACCAGCCGCCGUGUUCUGUGGUGCACCUACGAUGGCACUUGUAGUGGCACAUAAGGAGUCUGUUCUUUCACUGACGAAAAGCGCCGUAGCUGGAGGAGGAGCUUCGGCUUCGGGUGAGUCCAGCAUCAUUAAGGUCAACAUCUAUAGUGUCCAUCUUUCUCAGCAUGUAGAUGCCCCUUUGUUCUCUUGCAUCCUUUUCCUGGGAAAUGAAGGGGUCGAGAGGAGGGGAUCGAGAUGAAUCGCCGUUCUAACGUUACACCUCCUGACGAAGACGAAGAUUGCAAUACAGACUGCGACUUCUCAUGGGCAGCGGACUUUAGUUCGAUCGAAAGCAUCAACCGAGAGUGGCAACGUGGUCCAAGUAAGGAAGACGAAAAAGGAAAGCCACUGAAAGAGGGAUUGGUAUCUUUCAAAAUCAGUGUAGGUGGGAGAGGGAGUUACAACACGAGUUCCAACAACUUCAGUUUCAUCACAGUAACAGUAAGGUAUACCUACGUAUCCUUCCUAGAAGCACAUUAAAGGAAAGCAGAAGUACAUGGACAUCGAUGUUGAAGAUGAAGUUUUCCUCCAACAUGAUUGGGUCUUUUUUUACAAGAUGUUACAAAUACGAAGUUGCUUUUGUUCAUACAGUUAUUUAAUAUCCCCACUUCUAACACUAUCACUAUCUUCCAGAUAAAUUUCAAAGUCGCGAAGUACCCGCCGCAAACGCCGGCUAUUGCUCGAGAGUGUCUCCAGCUAGUUGGCGGGGCCACGAACUCACACUGUACUGGACUCUAUCGCGAAUUUUACCCUCUCAUUCGCCCGACCGAAAUCGAGUUUGAGUUCACAGCAAACGGGAAGAUCGAUUUUCUGAAUGCCGCAGUCGUUUUUACGGAAAAGAAGAUUGUGGAUCGCAUAUUGCCUGACUGCAAGGUCGCAAUACAGUUUGCCUACACACGAGGAGGGCUGAUGCUGUCAGAAUUAAGGCUUACUCUAAUUAGCUGAAGCUAAUCAUGCUCCUAAUUAUAACUCAUACCCCUCCUAAUUAGAACUUCCCAUACCCUCCCCCUGAUUGGGUCGUUUGGGUACACUAAUACUACUGCUAUUCAUCUUGAGAAGCAUCCCUGUAUUGCUAUUGAUUCCUUUUGUUCUUUAAAGGAAAGAUGAACAUCUGUAAAAGAUGACUUGCAAGAUGAAUAUCUGUAAUAAGGUCUAACAGAAGGAGGAAACUUGGUGAACAUUCAGAACGACGGGAAGCUAAAGAACGACAAGUGGUGCA